CAUGGGCAACUGCUUCGGUAAACAAAAAUCCGACAACUUUUCCACCUCGGGCCAAACCCUCGGCACCAGCGCAUCCCAACCACCAAAGCCCGUCGCAGCAAACACCACAAAACCCGCCUUCUCGCCAACCCCGAAACAAGGACGUACAAUUGGUGGCAGCAGUGCGUCUCCUAGCCAAAGCGAUGCCCGUACUGCUGCCGCUUUGGCUGCCGAGGCGCAAAAGGCACAGACGCAUAAUUCGACCAUGAAUGAGGCUAGUAGGGAAGCUCUGUUGGCGAGAAAUGCAGACGCCAAUGCAGAGACCAGGGCGUAUAAU